AAUUAUCGUCUCUUUUGUGAAGAGCUGUUUGACUAUGAUUCGUACCGAUACUCGAACCAUUUAUUCGCCCCCAUCUUUCGAAUGACCCAUAACAUAAACGAGAUUUGAAGAUGAGCACGAUAACAAUCCUGGAUGGAGGGACUGCAACAGAGCUUGUAAGACUUGGAUUUCCUGCUAUAAAUUCUGACCCCCUGUGGUCGGCCCGACUCCUACACACCAAUCCAGAGGCUGUCAAACAGGCACACAGGAAUUUCUUCACCAAGGGCAGCGACAUUGUUGUAACGGCCAGCUAUCAGGCUUCUGUGGCUGGGUUUGUGGAACAUCUUGGAGUGACGGAGGAGGGGGCAGUCUUAUUGAUCAAGAGGAGUGUUCAUCUUGCGAGACAAGCCGCUGAUGAAGUCUCCAAAGAUUUAGGGAUUAUUUCAGGUUGUAAAAAUGGCCGUGUAGCAGGAUCUGUUGGACCCUACGGCGCCUGUUUGCAUGACGGCUCUGAAUAUACAGGCAACUACAUUGAGGGACUAUCAGACAAGGAACUCCAAGCCUGGCACCGACCACGUAUUGGUGCGUUACUAGAAGCAGGGGCGGACCUUCUUGCCAUAGAAACCAUUCCUUGUCAACGAGAGGCGGAGCUUGUUGUCAAGCUACUGGAGUGUGAAUUUCCAUCCAGUCAAGCGUGGGUGACAUUUUCAUGCAAAGUUAGUGAUAGAGACUGUUGGAAUUUGUAGACAGUAGUUUUGUUCGGUUCUUACAAUCAAUAAAUGUUGAUUUUUGAGGCAAGAAAACACUUACACAUUAAAAGAUGCAUGCAUAUACUAGCUAGUAUGCAUCUGAUUUGACUUUUUGGGUUAACCUUUUGCAUGCUGGGAAAUUUGUCGUCUGCUAAAAUGUCGUCUGCUAAAUUUGUAAAAUAAGCAUUUUCUUCAUUUUUUUUCAAAGAAUACUAUCAGA